CACAAGUUAACACCUCCUUAUUCUUCUUCUUAAUCACAGUUAAACUAUUUCUCGGAAAGAAGACGAAAAGUCCAGGACUUUUUCCGAAAUGUUUUUUUACAUGAAACCUCUUUCGUCGAAAAUUCUUGCUCAUAUUUCCCUGAAAUGCUUGCUAGCCAUAAAUUUCUCUAUAGAGUACCUUUUGUAUGGAUAUUAGUAGUAUUUCGAGCUCAGCGUUGGUCUCAAAACAAACUACUGCUAAUUGAACAAAUACUCAAAUAAACGAAAUUAAAACGGGCGGAACUUCUUACUGUAAAACUUUGGUAACCAAGGUCACAUGCAAGCCAGCCUAACUUGAAGCUCUCCACCCCUAGGAACUUAAAAUGCUAUUGUUAUUUUCCCGUCACUGGUUGGUCAAAUUAAGCAAAAUUUGUAUGGGCAUGACUCCUUUCUAAAAUAUGAUUGGUUCUUGUCGUUUUCGCUUUCCCUUGUUGGAUCCACGUAGCAGCACUGCCGUGUAAACUGAAACACUUUAUAAUUUUCCUUGGGGCGUGCGGCCGUGUCGUGAAAAUACCUCAAGAUGGACGCCGGAGUCAAAAUUGCACUCUUGUUGAAAUUGUUCCUCGGAGUUGGUUUAGUUGCUGGAGGUUUUACUCUUAGAACGACCAAAAAAUGCGCGCAAAUACUGGGAAUGCAAAACAACCAAAUCCCGGAUUCCGCUCUCAGCGCCUCCACUUCCUACAAUGUUAGCUCUAUGGGUCCAAGAAAUGGAAGGUUAUAUUUCCAGGCAAAGAGUGGGAAGUACGGUGCUUGGGCCACGUCAAGGAAUGACAAAUUUCAGUGGUUUGGAGUCGACUUUGGGAGUUAUGCAAAGGUGACCGCAUUAGCUACCCAAGGAAGGCAAGAUGGGGCCUGGUGGGUGACGAGCUACAGUCUGUCAUUCAGCCACGAUGAUGUCUUCUUUGAAGACUACAAAGAAAACAAUGUGAAGAAGAUUUUUGCUGGUAACCUUGACCGUCACACUGUCGUUAGUCAUGAUCUUAAAAAUCCGAUUAUUGCCAAAGUUAUCCGAAUAAACCCGAUUACUUGGCACAGCUACAUCUCUUUGCGGGCGGAAUUCUAUGGCUGCAGAGAAGGAUUCGAGAAACCAGAGAUCGUUUGCGCGACGGCUCUUGGAAUAGAACACGUGAACCAGAUUCCAGAUAGUGCAAUCGUCUCCUCUUCACAAUAUAACACAUAUUAUGGACCAGAAAGAGCAAGGUUGCGUCUAGUGACUCAAGGAAGCUUUAUCGGUGGAUGGUCUCCCAAGUCAUCCAAUACAGGGGAGUGGAUCGAAUUUGACCUGGCAGAAAAUAUCAAAGUCACCGGAGUUGCAACUCAGGGCCGAGACAAUGCCGACUGGUGGACCACCAGUUACACGCUAUCCACUAGAGUCAAAGGCGGAAGCUAUGAGUCAUACAACAAUGGCUAUGUAUUUCCAGGCAAUAGAGACAGAAAUACAAAAGUGGGUAACAUUCUAAACCCACCGAUUAUUGCGCGCUUCGUCAGGAUUCAUCCCAAGACGUGGAAUAGUUUCAUCGCACUACGAGUGGAGAUUUAUGGAUGCAGAGAGGCUCUUGGUUCGCUUGUUAAACGUUUCACAACGCCAAAGCUACCCACCUGCCAAGCACCUCUUGGAAUGCAAAACAACCAGAUACCAGACUCCGCUCUGAGGGCAUCCACGUCAUACAAUGUGAACUCCAUGGGACCAAGAAACGGUCGAUUACAUUUUCAGGCAUCAUCAGGCCAGUACGGAGCUUGGGCUGUCUCCACAAAUAACGAGUUCCAGUACUUUGAAGUGAACUUUGGUGACUGGACUAAGGUUACAAAGGUGGCGACUCAAGGAAGACAGGAUAGAGGAUGGUGGGUAACGAGCUACAGUCUUAGCUACAGCUACGAUGGAGUGUUCUUUGAAGAUUACAAAGAGGAUGGCGUAGUCAAGGUAUUUACCGGGAAUAGCGAUCAACAUUCAGUAGUAACACAUGCUUUGAAGAAUCCGAUCAUAACCCGUUACCUUCGUAUCAAGCCCAAGACCUGGCGCAGUUACAUAUCGUUACGUGCAGAGUUCUAUGGUUGCCGGCAAGGUUUCACACCUCCACAAAUCAAAUGCCAAGAUCCUCUGGGUAUUGAGAGCGGCAAGAUUCCAAGCACUGCCAUUGCGGCAUCAUCACAGUACAAUCAAUAUUAUGGACCUGACCGGGGCAGGCUGCGGAAAGAAGUAGAGGGAAGCUAUGCGGGAGGUUGGGCGGCGCAAUACAAUGAUGCUAAACAGUUUCUACAGUUUGACUUGGGUAAGGUGGCCAAAGUGACUGCCGUCGCUACUCAAGGUCGAUCGAAUGCUGACUGGAUGGUGUCGAGCUACACGUUGGCAUACAGUGUAGAUGGCGGGUCUUUUACACCUUAUGGUGAAGGGGAUGGUCAGGUAUUUACCGGCAACAACCUUGACAGAAAUGAACCUGUCGGAAACACGAUCGAUCCACCCAUCAUCGCACGCUUUUUACAAAUUCGUGUCAAAACCUAUAAAGGUCGUAUAAGCAUGCGUGCUGAGUUUUAUGGAUGCAGAGAAGGUUUUCCGACCCCAAAGCCACCAGUGUGUCUUGAAGCCCUUGGAAUGCAGGAUGGAAGAAUUCCGGACUCGUCGAUAACGGCGUCGAGUGAAUACGGCUCUGCAUACAAGGCCAUUAAUGGCAGAUUACAUUUCCUGUAUAGAUCAGGGAGAAUUGGAGCGUGGAGAGCGAAAACGAGUGACGUCUUCCAGUAUCUUCAAGUAAAUUUUGGUAAUUGGACAAAAAUAACUCGGGUUGCCACUCAAGGAAGACAAGAUUACGAUUACUGGGUGAAAAGCUUCAGCCUUUCAUACGGCGCUGAUGACGUAUUUUUCAAGACUUACAAAAGUGGUACAAAAAAGGUAGUAUUUACCGGGAAUAGCGAUCAACAUUCAGUAGUAACACAUGCUUUGAAGAAUCCGAUCAUAACCCGUUACCUUCGUAUCAAGCCCAAGACCUGGCGCAGUUACAUAUCGUUACGUGCAGAGUUCUAUGGUUGCCGGCAAGGUUUCACACCUCCACAAAUCAAAUGCCAAGAUCCUCUGGGUAUUGAGAGCGGCAAGAUUCCAAGCACUGCCAUUGCGGCAUCAUCACAGUACAAUCAAUAUUAUGGACCUGACCGGGGCAGGCUGCGGAAAGAAGUAGAGGGAAGCUAUGCGGGAGGUUGGGCGGCGCAAUACAAUGAUGCUAAACAGUUUCUACAGUUUGACUUGGGUAAGGUGGCCAAAGUGACUGCCGUCGCUACUCAAGGUCGAUCGAAUGCUGACUGGAUGGUGUCGAGCUACACGUUGGCAUACAGUGUAGAUGGCGGGUCUUUUACACCUUAUGGUGAAGGGGAUGGUCAGGUAUUUACCGGCAACAACCUUGACAGAAAUGAACCUGUCGGAAACACGAUCGAUCCACCCAUCAUCGCACGCUUUUUACAAAUUCGUGUCAAAACCUAUAAAGGUCGUAUAAGCAUGCGUGCUGAGUUUUAUGGAUGCAGAGAAGGUUUUCCGACCCCAAAGCCACCAGUGUGUCUUGAAGCCCUUGGAAUGCAGGAUGGAAGAAUUCCGGACUCGUCGAUAACGGCGUCGAGUGAAUACGGCUCUGCAUACAAGGCCAUUAAUGGCAGAUUACAUUUCCUGUAUAGAUCAGGGAGAAUUGGAGCGUGGAGAGCGAAAACGAGUGACGUCUUCCAGUAUCUUCAAGUAAAUUUUGGUAAUUGGACAAAAAUAACUCGGGUUGCCACUCAAGGAAGACAAGAUUACGAUUACUGGGUGAAAAGCUUCAGCCUUUCAUACGGCGCUGAUGACGUAUUUUUCAAGACUUACAAAAGUGGUACAAAAAAGGUAUUUCAAGGAAAUAAUGAUCGGUAUACACCUGUCAGUCACGACCUGGAGACGCCCAUCAUUGCUCGCUACAUCCGAAUUCACCCAGAAACAUGGGAAGGUCGCAUUUCAAUGAGAGCUGAGUUCUAUGGCUGUAGAGAUGGAUUUGAACACCCAAAACUGGAAUGCCAGUCAGAACUUGGAAUGAAGAGUGGAAAUAUACCCAACAGUGCUAUCUCUGCUACCUCGAGUUGGAAUCAGUACUAUGGUCCAGAACGUGCCAGACUUAACACGGUGAAGUCAGGGAGCUUCAGAGGAGCGUGGGUUGCUGAGACUCAGGACAUUGGACAGUUUAUUGAAGUUGAUCUGGGAAAAAUUACAAAGAUAACACGUUUAGCAACUCAGGGCAGAGAAGAUUCAUCCCAGUGGGUGAAAAGCUAUUGCAUCACCUACAGCGUUGAAGGAGGUCCAUUUCUUCCUUACAAUAACAACCAGGUUCUCCCAGGUAAUAAAGACAGAAAUACAAUUGUUGGACACAUUCUCAACCCACCAAUCAUUGCGCGCUACAUACGUAUUCACCCCAAAGAGUACUACAGGUACAUGGCUCUAAGAUUUGAACUUUAUGGAUGCACAGAAGGUUAGUGAAAGGCUAUGUUCACUAUUGAUGUGCGAUUUAUGUUCGUAAUCGGUGUUGAUUUGAAAGCUGAGAUAAUUCAAAUGUCCCAGCGUUCAAACCCUGUGAGGCAAUAAAUAAACUAUAGCCUCCAUUUGGCGCGAA